AAUGGCUCGUUCACCACAAUUCGCAAGCAACGUCCGUGCAAGUAGUGCUCCAUUAUUCUAGCAAAGAAGGCAAGCAGAAUUCAUCCGCUUAAGGAUCAGAACCAGAUCGAUCAGUUCGAUAUAUCGAUCGACAAUGGUUGUUGCAUCAGCAGCAUCGCCGUGCGAGUCCAGUGCGUUGUUCGCGACGUUCGACCACGACGGCGACGGCAGGAUCUCCGCGGCGGAGCUGCGGCUGUGCAUGAAGACGACGCUCGGGGAGGAGGUGUCGGACGAGGAGGCGGGGCAGCUGGUGGCGUCGGUGGACGCGGACGGCGACGGGCUGCUGUGCGAGGCGGAGUUCGUGCGGCUGGUGCAGGCGGCGGAGGUGGAGGAGGAAGACGAGCGGCGGGGCACCGGCCUCCGGGAGGCGUUCGGCAUGUACGAGAUGGAAGGGGAAGGGUGCAUCACGCCGACGAGCCUCAGGCGGAUGCUGCGCCGGCUGGGCUCCGACCAGGACAUCGACGACUGCCGCGCCAUGAUCUGCAGGUUCGAUCUCAACGGCGACGGCGUCCUCAGCUUCGACGAGUUCAAGAUCAUGAUGAACGCCUAAACCAGCUGCUAUCUGCUGAUCCCUCCGCUAGCUCCAUCAGAGCGCGCGCAUCCAUCGAUCUGCAGUACAAGUAGUGUUCUUGCAGCGUGUCGUGUAUAUACACAUAGGUGCUGUAAAUCAUGCUCAGUUCACUUGAUUGGUUUAGGUGUUUAUACAUCAUUCAUUUCAUUUGUUAAUAAUGGGAUUUAUACAUAGUAAAUUCAUUUCAUUUGUUGAUGGAUCUGUAAAUGCUUCAUGGAUUUAUUAAGGAAGAUGAUUUGUAAA